AUGCCAGCUACCUCAUCAACUGCCGUGCGUUCUUCAAAACCUUCCAUACAUCUCCCGAAUAAGGACGUACUAGGAAAACAGGAGACAUAUCAAGGAAUACAAAGUUCAUCCGAGGCUAAAAAGAAGAAUCCUUCUCCGAGACCUAACACCCCUUCCCCUUCUGCUAAAAUAGAGGGAAAUAAAGCUGUCUCUAAAAAAACAAUAAGAUCAAGUUCUCCCGUACCUACACUCAAGAGAUCAGCUACUCCUCAUGGUAGGACUGUCACCUCAAGGGAAAAACAACCAAGUACUCUAAAAUCGGUAAAACAAUCCGGUUCUAAAUCUUCUACAAUAACACGAUCUGCCUCUCCUCCUGCUCCAACCACUCAUCAUGCCUCCGCUCAUGCUACUUCCCAUCAAGCCACUGCUCAUCGUCGUUCUCAUGAACGUGUUCCUUCCCCUGAUAAAUCUUUAUUAGAAGAAAACCGAAGAUUACAACGUCUCCUGGAUGAGCGUAAUAAAAUGUUAAAUGAACGUGAUGAAAU